AUGGAGUACAUAUGGCAUGCUGUCAAAUCGUACUUUGGGGAAACAUCAACUCUCUGGUUUCAGACUCAUUGCUGUGACUUAAAAUCACCGUCCAAGAAGAACGACAACGCUUACUACGGUGUGGAAAUUAAUGAAGACGCUAUGCGUAUCUUCUCGGGCAUGGGAGUUGCCUGUCGCCCUCCAUGUGCAUGCAGGGACAUAGACCGUCUGAGUGAUUAUAUCGACAAGUCCAUUCAAGCCUACCGUGGUAAACACGAGAAGGACUAUACUCUGUACACAGCAAAAGGAGAUACGAAUAUUGAGGAACACCUGUGGGUGGCGUUUUCCACUGUUUCCGAUGAUAUCACAAUUCCUCCGCAGGACUUGGCGGACGGAUCUUUUCGUCUCUUGGGGAAUCGGUUAUCGGACGUGCUUGCAGGUCUGCGUUCAGAGGGUGUUCAUCCAGACGAUGUCAAACUGCUAGAAAUGCAUCUGUUGAGGCAGUAUACUGUGCAAUACCUUGAGAAAGUGGACCCAGAGCUUCGCAGGCAGGUAUUGGCAAAGACUACCCUCAUGUCCCAAUUCAGGGUGAUGACAGAGGGCGCCCAAGGAGCAGCCCUCGUCGUUCUUGCCGCGAGGGGAGUUAAGUCUCUUGGGCGCCGAGACUGUGGGAUUGAAAUGGCCGGCAUAUGUAACUGUCUCUCGAUGGACAUAGCGAAGGAGGUUCUAGGUAUACUCCGAAAUAAGCGAACCGAAUCUGUCGCGGGGGACAAUCGCGAACAGCUCAAACGCGAGUUACGCUGGAUUUAUCUACGAAGCCUAGAGUGCCUGGAUACACAUUGUAAUUCUACCUUUCUCCGGCGGUUUGCGACCUUAGGGUUCCACUUUGUGUUCCUAAAUGACCGUUACCGAGAACGGGUGAGACAUGUUCGACACCCCAUGACGACGGAUCUACGCCAUCUGAUCAUCUCUUACUCGAAAAAUUUGGGAUCUACCAGGAAAAUUCUCAUUUAG